AUGACCACAAUUAACUAUAUAGACAGCCCUGGACAAUUCUGGACAAAUCAGCCGCAGUCGAAUUCUUUGGUAUCAGAUGUUUUCGUUUUCUUAACUGGCGGCUUUCACUUAGCUGUUAGUGUGGGAUGGAGCUUCUACGCAUAUGAUUUACACUUCAAAAUUUGCUGGUUUAUUGGUAUCGCAAUUGGUUGUGUACUCGCUGCACUGCUUAUCAAUUGGACGCGUAGACGCUGGUUUAUCGUCUCGCCAACAUUGCUGGUCAAUGUUUCAGCCAUUGUGACGAUCUCUGCUUGUGAGAAUACGAUAGCACUGAUAGCUGCGCGUUAUUUGAAUGGCAUUGCCAUCGGUCUCACCACCGUCUCGUUCAUCACACAUGCCAGCGAAAUUGCCUCAGAGUAUCAUCGCGGUUUUUGUUUAUCUUUGGAGCAGUUUGGUCUAAUAGCCGGCGCCUACGUUCAAAUCUUAUAUACAGCGCUAUGGAGUGAAGAGCUCGAUUUUAACCCUUAUUGCCUUCAGGGUAUAUUUUGCAUAGUCUUCGGCGUGGUUGCAUUGGCUCUGUCGUACACUUCGAUCGAAUCACCAGUUCUUCACUUACGCCAAGGUGAUGAACCUGAGGCUCUGAAUUGUGUAGUUCGUCUAUACCGGCCAAAAAUAAUGUCGAAUAGCAAACAAGUCAUUUUUGACAAACUCAAAGAGUAUGUGACUAUCAACGAAUCCAUAUCACCCAAAAUGAGUUUGCUUUGGAGUUUAAGCCCCUUGCUGAGGGUUUUGGUAUAUCGUUCAAUGCUUUCAUUUAUCGUAGCACUGCCGAUAACUCAAGCCUUAAUAUUGUCUGAAAAAAUUAGCAAUGUAAGCUCAAUUGUCAAUUGGCCGCCUAUACUCUAUGGGCUGCUUGCAGUGAUUGGUGCUUUGGUGGGUUGGGCAACAAUGGAUGCAAUUGGUCGCAAGGCGGUGAGCCUAUUCGCAUUGUUGUGUGUUGCCGGCAUGACCAUUGGUGUUGGUAUUAUCUUUCAUAAUCCUAUGUGGGUGAUAGAUAGCACCAAAAUGGCAAUUGCGUGCGCGCUGCUUAUGAUUGCCCAAAUUUUCGGUGGUAUAUUUGCGCCAAGUACAACUGUUUAUCUUGGAGAGGCGUUCCCGUUACAAUGGAAACGCUUUUUCAUUGCUCUCACAGUCAUCGUUCAGUAUAUGGUGGAUCUUAUCAUUGUAUGCACUUUCACAUUUACUACGCAUAACGAAUUUGUCUUCUGCAUCAGUGCGGGUGUGAUAAUGUUUGUUGGAGUUGUGGUCUUCUCAUUCACUAUGCCAGAAACACGGAAGACCACACUGAAGGAGGCACAGGAACAAUUCUCGUAUGAGCUUCAUUUGGAAUUUCAUUGA